GAGCCAAAGUUUUAAAUUAAUAUUGUACAUAAUCUCAUAAAGUAUGGUUGGAGCGAGCAUAUUGUACUAUCAACAAAAUAGAAUGGAAAGUUUAUGUCGCUAUUAGACAAUGGGGAAUCUUCCAGUCUUUUACGAGACCUUAUUUCUACAUUAAAACAUAAAAAGUCAUUUCAUUUGCUAAAUAUUAUUUUAAAACAAAAUAAAAGAAUGUAAUGCUAUGAAUUCACAAUGAUUAGCUGCUUAUACUAUGUUUACAUAUAACGAGAUUAUCUCCAUUUACGAGCUUAACUCGAUAAUCUGUAAUUAAGAAACGAAAUUUCCCAUACAAAAUUCCUCUCUGGAUAAUCUGAGAUUAUAAAAUUAUCUCGUUUUAUACAACUAGAUUUUCGGUGUUAUUCCUAGGUUUAUCGAUAAUUUUGCGAAGAAAAGGAGAAAUGUCAAAUGAAAAUGUAAACAACAAUGGCCGACAGCGAGAGAAAUAUGUGUAAUACAACAACAAAUGCAACACAUUUGACAAUUGAUAAUCUCAUUUGGCUAUAUGUAAACGGUUGGAUUAUUGAACGAGCUUAGAACGAGAUUAUUUUCAUAUGUAAACAUACUAUUACAUUGGAGUCAAACGUAAUAUGCAUUUUCCUGUAAUUACUGACCCAUUUGAAACUUGACUACGUCCUGUUUCAAAAAAUUAGAGUAAAUUUUGCUGAAAGUUAGAAUUCAGAAUUUUUUGUUGCACACUUCUUUGAUACAUAUUUGUUCUUUUACCUGCAAUUUCGACUUACGACUUUAUCAUUUUAAUAGAUCCAAAAUCUUAUCAAACUCCAUUUCAAAGUGAAUAAGCAAUAUCGAAAAAUGAACCAAAGUAAACAGAAAUAGGGAUGGAAAAGUCGACUCUGACUUUAGUCGAAAAUCGAUCUUUUAUUAGAAAUAAUAGACUUUUUAGGAUCGAUUCAAGCUUGUCUUGUUCGGCAUGUUUUGGACAUGUAAUAAAUAAUAUUGGUCAGCGCCUUAUCGAAGUUAAUAUUACUCCACCUGCAUCUGAAUCUCGAAAUCAAGUUUCCGACUUACCCGCUGAUGAAAAUGAUGCUAUUGACAAUCUUGAAGACUUAAUUACAGAUCAUACUGAGCAAUCGUCAUUGCGUGAGCUAUUGUCAAAAGUUAAACAAAUUGUCACAUUCUUUCGACAAAGUGAAAGAGCGACUACAGAGCUGCUGAAAUUACAGAAGGACAAGCCUGAAAAUUCUCGUCUGAAAUUAAUUCAGGAAGUGCGAACGAGAUGGAACUCCUGUGCUUGCUGAUCAUGUCAGUAAAGUGCUUUUACAAGUGAAGAUGGACAAAUCUUCGAAAGCUAAGCCACCUAACAUGAUCACAGGUGAGGAAAUCGAUGCGUUAGUAGAAGUUCGUGACAUCUUAAAACCUCUCUUGCAAAUAACUCAAGAAGUUUGUUUUGAGAAAUGUGUAACAUUGAGCAAGUGCAUUCCUUUGAUUUCAAGUCUUAGAAAAAAGAUUGAAGAGUUAACGCCAGAAGCUUUAAUUGGGCGACAUUUGAAAAAGAGAAUGGUUCAAGACAUCGAAACAAAAUACGGCAAUAUUGAAUCCGUAAAACUGUACGCUUGUGCAACAUUGGUUGAUCCUCGUUAUAAAAAGUUUGGUUUUCAAAGAAUUCGGGAUUCUGCACGAGCGGUAACUAAUGUCGCUGAUCUUGUCAAGACAACGAAAAUUAGCAUUGGCAGCAACGGUGGCAAAUAUUAACCCUCAAGAUGAGAUAUUAGCUAUUCAAGGUCCGGAAUCUCAGCAAAACGAACGAUGACAAUGAUGA